UUCCAGACGAGAAACAGCUCAGUACUGCAAAAUGUUCCGCUUUAUUUUUGCAUCACUCCUCUUGGUUGGUCUGUUCGACCACAUCUAUUCGAACGACUACUGUACGAACACUCUGUGCCGGAACGGAGCCCCGAAUAUCGGCUGUAAUCCUCCACCACUAACCGGAGGUCCUAACUGUUACGGAAGAAAUCCGGAACUAAUCCCCAUUACGCCCACCCUGCAAGCACGCAUCCUUGACCAGCACAACACACUUCGUUCCCUAAUCGCGGUCGGAGGAGUGUACCCAUUCUACCCAGCUCGACGCAUGCCCACACUGGUUUGGGAUGCUGAGUUGGCCUCACAGGCAGGACACAAUGCACGGUCCUGUGUGUUCCAGCAUGAUCCUUGCCGUAACACGGUAGAUUUUGCCUGGGCUGGACAGAAUCUGGGCGGUAUGUUCGGCGGAGGACCACUCGACCUUGAAUACGUGAUUAACGAAUUGGUGGCCAUGUGGUGGAAUGAGUAUUCCGAUACGCCUCCCGCAUACAUCGAUAGCUUCCCGAGCAAUCAUGUUGGACCCGCUAUCGGACACUUCACGCAAAUAGUUAGCGAUCGUACCUGGGCCAUGGGAUGUGCCAUGCAGAGCUGGUUAGAUGAUGGCUUCUGGAUCAUGCAUUACCUUGUGUGCAACUACUCGUUCACCAACGUCGUUGGCGUGCCAGUGUACGCAACCGGUACCACUGCUUCGGGUUGUACGACUGGCAUGGACUGGCGCUAUCCAGGUCUGUGUUCCGAGAAUGAGAUUGUACAAUCACUGCCAUAAAUGCAUUCGAGCUUCAGUAUCAGGACGGAUAAUUAAGCUUUCAAAAAGUUCAAUUUUAAAAGCAAUAAAUUAAAACGAUCUAAUCAAUGAAAUCCUGAAGAAAUACGGUUUUUUUUA